UUUAAAAAAAACCUGCCACACUGACCUUGGCGUUGGCGGACCCUGGAUUUUGAGCCGAAAACAAACGAGAAAAAAGGGGAAGAUCAUGCAAACUCACUCAAAAAGCUGGUUUUUGCCUCAUUCGUUUCCCUUUCUCCCUUCACCGUCGUUCCCUCUACUUCGUACUCAAUAGUCAUGAUAUCCUCAGAACCUUCAUGGAUUCCGCAGGGAACUGUUCUCUGACCACUCUUCUAGUCUUCCAGAACACCAUUAAAGAAGAGUUGAUCAGGAGCGUGCAUGUCUACCGACUGAGGGAUGGGAGGGAAAGCGAGGUUGAAAGAGAGUUUGUAUUUUCUCGGAGCGGCUCAUACGGAGAAAUGCGAGCUACCCCAAUUCUUACAUUACAGAAAUUUCGUGUUUCCGAAGUUUCUGAAGGGUAUCAGAAUGGAGUCUGGCUUUGUGUCUUUGCGUUUCACGCCGAUCACAAGCCUCAAUGUUCCCGCGUUCCUCGGUUAUUAUCAGUCACGAGGAAUCCCAAACUUCAGCUGAUUCCAACAUUGCUUAAUGAUCUUCAUAUGAUACAUGAGUUGAACUGUAAAUCAAAAGAGAAUGAUAUGCUGCAAACCUCUUCUGAUGAAAGAUGCCAAGGAAACCGCAAUGAUAGCCGUCAGCCAAGAAAAAUUUUGCUCCAGGAUCUCAAUUGUCUUCCUUAUCCGGAUGACAUGCCUGAGCCACAAGACAAGGAAGCAGAUGAGGAAAGCUUAGGCAUGUCUGAUUUACCAGGGAAUGAAUCAGAUGAUGAAAGUUUAGACCCAGCUGAGUGGCCAGACAAUGACAUCAUUGACGAAAGUUUACCAGGUAACAUAGAGAAGAAAAAGAGGGCAGCUAGUAAAGAUGUAGCAAGCAUUGGUUUAGCAGAUCUGGUGAAGUACUUUGAUGUGCCAAUUGUAGAAGCAUCAAGAAAUCUAAAAGUUGGACUCACCGUACUAAAGAGGAAGUGCAGAGAAUUUGGUAUUCCCCGCUGGCCUCAUAGGAAGAUUAAAUCGCUUGACAAUCUCAUUCAUGAUCUUCAGGAAGUGGCAGAAAAUGAAGAAAUAGAGAAUGAUACUGCUGUUAUGGCUGUGACAAAGAGGCAAAAGAUGCUCGAGUGUGAAAAAGAAAUUAUUGAGAGGAAACCCUCCGUGGACAUAGAGCGAGAAACCAAGAGAUUCAGACAGGAUGUCUUCAAGAGAAGGCACAGAGCUCGAGCUAUGACGAAACAGAGCUCCAGUGCUUCCAGCUCUUAGAGCCUAAAGGUCAACGAGUGAAAAAACGAUCGUUUGAAAGAUCACUGAAAUCUAUGCAGUUCUGCUUCUAAUAAUUAUAAAAGCAUACAUGUUCCCUUUCACCUGGAGAAAUUGGAAGCUCAGCCAACGCAAGGCAAUUUCCAGUGAGAAAUUGUAGCUGUUUUGGCAAGUUAGUAAGUGGCGACCACACUGUUCUAAAACAGUGUGGGCUUGGACUUAGGGGGUAGUAUUGUCGGAAAGGUUGCUGCUUCACUGGAGUAAAAAUGGCAUAAGUUUCCGUUUCAUUUAAUUCUCUCUACAUAUGUAUGGAUUGUGAAACAGUGGAACUUUUGUCUCUUGGCCUGAUGACAUCCCUUGUUCUCAGAUGAUUCCUUAAUUGUAUGCUCAUCUCCGUUUAUACCCUUCCAUUAAAGUUAAUAGAGAUCGUCACUUUAAUUGAUUUUCGAAGUUGAGCAAAGUGUUGCAUUU